AUGGCGCUCAACCCGCAGAUUACCAACCUUCUCAUCAUUCUGGCGUUUAUGCAGAUCUCGAAGAAGGUUCCUUUUGAUGAUCCCAACGUCCUGAAUGGCGUGCGAGCGCUGUACAUCCUCUCCAACGUUAUCAUCGCCGGUAUCUACCUCUACGUGCAGGCGCAGAUCAAGAAGAAGAAUGACAUGACCGUUGUCAAAUACGUCGAGCCCGCUCCAAUGGGAUCCGGCGAGGAGCCCAAGUUCGUCGCGACCACCGUAAAGGCAUACGAUCUUCAGCAGCUCCAAGGCCUGUUCAAAGCCCAGCUCAUGGGCGUCGGCAUGAUGGGCUUCAUGCAUCUUUACCUAAAGUACACCAAUCCGCUGCUCAUCCAGUCUGUCAUUCCUCUCAAGGGCGCUUUCGAGGGCAACCUUGUCAAGGUCCAUCUCUUCGGCCAGCCCGCGACAGGCGAUCUUCAGAGGCCUUGGAAGCAGUCUGGUGGCCUCAUGGGCGCUAUGCAGGGCGGUGAAAUCAAGACCGAUAAGAAGAGCAUCGAGGCCGCUGAGCGUGCUGGACGCGGCGGUGUCAAGGACGAGUAA